AUGGUGAUCGGGAACCGAGAUUUUUCAACUUUCAGGAGUAAGAGUACCAAGAGCACCAAGAGUGACUCGGGGAACGGGGACGAUGCGUCCAUAGGCACGCACGACAGCUCGUAUGAGCACCCUCUGGCUCGCAAAGGCUACGACAUCGGCCCGGCGUCGAGAUGUGAGGUGGGCGACGUCUUCGAAUUCCUCUGGGCCGACUCGCACGAGUUUGAAUGGGAGUGGAAGUGCCUUGGCUACACUCGCUUCAUCGUCCUUCGACACAGCGACACUUUCCCGCAUCACUGCGUUUGUGUGCCCAUCUCCACCCCCACCAAAAACGAGUUCCAGAAGCCCGGAAUCGACUCGAGCCAACAAGGCUACGUUUUUGACGAAAAUGAUCGCACGCCGCCCUUCGACCGACUUCCUUUCUCGCCGGUCGGCAUGCAGUUGCGCCCUGGGAAGUUCCGCGUCAAGGAGAACUCCCGCGCGAACUAUGCCGACGUGCUCGAGAUCGACCACGACGCCCAGGUCAUGGUUGUAGGCGACGUCACGAGGUAUUUCGAUCGUGUGCGGAGGAAUGUGAACAAGGCCGUCAUGCGCAACGUCCUGAAGAAGGCGUUGGAGCAGUACCGUCAGGGCAAGCUCGUCAGCAAGAAGGGCGCGAAGCUCGAGGCCAGCGUUGUAAACGGCGGCAGCCAAGACGACGAUGAACCCGAGGGUGAGAGCGACCCCGACCACCCCGACGUCUUCCUAAUGCCUGACGAAACCGCCUCCGUCAUCGAAAAGCGACAGCCAGAACCCCUCAUCAGUGCAGAGAUGCCUCCCCGCCCCCUCCAGCUCCACCGCUACCUCCGAUGGAUAUGCCGAUACAGCAGCCUUCGCCGCCGCGGGACGAUGCGGCUUCGAUCCGGUCCCACGCUUCGAGAGAGAGGAGACAUUCUCGGAAAGAAGCCCCUCCGCCGAGAGGCGAGGACCUCCCGAGGAGAAUGA